UCCGCGCCGCCCGCCGUCGACCGGGCGCGGCGCGGAGCCUCCGCCUCCCCGCGGCGGUCUCCCCCGCGGCGGGGCCGCCGCCGCCCUCAUGGCCGCGCCGAGGUGCGCCGGCGAGGCCGCGCCGCAGCAGCCCGAGGCCCCGGGGCCGCCGCCGCCGCCGGCCCCGCCGGGGGAUGACUCAGAGCCGCGGCCCCUGCAGCGAAGCCGCGGCCCCCGCAGCGAAGCCGCCGCGCCGCGCCCGCCCGUGCCCGCGGCCCCCGCCGCCGCCGCGCCGCUCCCCGGAUGAUGCCGCGGCGGGGGGCGGCGGGUCCUCGCCGCCGCCGGCGCCCGGCGCCCCUCAACGAGGACAACGGGCGGUUCCUGCUGCUGGCCGCCCUCAUCGCGGCGUACCUGAGCGCCGGCGCCACCGUCUUCUCGGCCCUCGAGAGCCCGUCGGAGGCGGCGGCGCAGCUGCGCUGGAACCGGACCCUGCACAACUUCAGCCGCAUCUUCAACAUCAGCCUGCCCGAGCUGCGCGCCUUCCUGCGGAGCUACGAGGCGGCCAUGGCCGCGGGCAUCCGCGUCGACGCCCUGCGGCCCCGCUGGGACUUCCCCGGAGCCUUCUACUUCGUGGGCACCGUCGUCUCCACCAUAGGUUUUGGAAUGACCACGCCAGCAACAGUGGCUGGAAAAGUAUUCCUCAUCGUUUACGGUCUUUUUGGGUGUGCUGGGACUAUCCUCUUCUUCAACCUCUUUCUGGAGCGCAUUAUCUCCCUCCUGGCGUUCAUCAUGAAGGCUUGCCAUGAAAGACAGCUCCGAAGAAGCGGUCUCCUUCCUCCCAACUUCCGAAGAGGGUCAGCUAUGUCGGGGGUGGGCAGCCUCAUCGGCUGGAAGCCAUCUGUUUAUCACGUGAUGCUCAUUCUGGGAAUUUUUGCCAUCACGCUUUCGUGCUGUGCCUCUGCGAUGUACACAUUGGUGGAAGGGUGGAACUACGUCGACUCCUUGUACUAUUGUUUUGUCACCUUUAGCACCAUCGGCUUUGGAGAUUUGGUCAGCAGCCAAAAUGCUGUGUACCAAAAUCAGGGAUUAUACAGAUUCGGAAACUUCAUCUUUAUAUUAAUGGGGGUAUGUUGCAUAUACUCUCUUUUUAAUGUCAUCUCAAUUGUAAUCAAGCAACUCUUGAACUGGGUGUUGAAAAAAUUCAGAUGCAGAUGUUGCCCAAAGUGCCAUAAGUCAAGCACCCGCCUUGGGCGUCGCAAUGCCAUCACCCCGGGAGCCCGCCUGCGCCGGCACAAAAUCUCCCUGGAGGCUGACGGGCAGUACGACAGCGACACAGAUGGCAGGAGGCUCUCUGGAGAGAUGAUCUCCAUGAGGGAGCUCACGGCAUCCAACAAGGUCUCUCUGGCUAUUUUGCAAAAGCAGCUGUACGAGACGGCCAACGGCUACCCGCGGAACGUUUGUAUCAAUACGAGGCAGAACGGGUUCUCCGCAGGGGUGGGUGCUCUAGCCAUCAUGAACAAUCGCUUGGCAGAAACCAGUGACUCUAGGUAGAGUUUUUGAAGUUCUUUUUGUUUCUUUGAUUAAAAAAAAAAAGAUGGUAAUUUCAAGUGGAAUUAUUGCUGCAAACUGUGGUCACGUUUUACGUUCAGAGCAGACUCGGUAUUCAUCGGGCGUUCGGCAGUUUGGUUUCUUGGGUUUUUAUGUCUUCUCCAAUAUGCAGUAACAUCUUUACCGCAGUGUCACAGUUCUCCCCGGGAGGGGUUUGUGAGGGACUUGGAUGUUUUUGAUGCAGAAUCUGAUGUGUUUUCAGAAGAGUGAUGUGUGAGGUUACAACGGUGUCAGAACGAACGUCUUACGCAGCAAAUAGCCUGAAGCGAAACUCUGGGUUUGAAUGCAUUCUGAGCAAGGUCAGUUCCAGAUUCAAACUUGGAGGAUUAAGGGUUGUCUAAACCCAUAUCUCGCUGUUUGUUGGAGUCUGGAUCUGGCCCUGAACUUUGCACUUGAUGCUCUUGCCAAUUCGUCAUACCAGGCCUGUAUAUAACAUACACGUAGGUGACUGCAAGUACACCAGCCUUAGGGUGGCCGUGCUUCACUUGAAUAAUCCUGUUGACCUCAGUGGUAGAGAAUCAAAUUGACUGAAUUCCCCUGACGACAAUUCUUUUUCAGCCAGUCUUGUCUGACGCACCAUGCACUACCUAACUCUUAAAAGUCAGGAGAUUCUAAGUCAUAAGAAGCAUGUUGAAACAUGCACAGCUGUUCCUCCCUGCAGAAUAACCUGAAAACAUGCGAGAGAAGCCAGCGUUCAUCUCUGGUGUCAAAUGUUUGCAUUUCCACUGAAAUACAAUGCAGAAACCUGCAAUGCCCAGACACAGACUGAAGCACAAGAAAUGAGAAGGAAACUGAAGGAGCAAAAUGGGAAAAUGAAAGCACACUGCACUAGACUGCACUUUCUUUUCAGCAGGCGAGCGCUGCAGGGCCAACAUGGGAAAGAUGAUGACCAGGCAUACUGCUGGAAAGGCAGCCACGCUGCUCCGUGUCUUGGAUGAACACUAUGUUAGGUACACUGCAGGUCCUGAUUUCAACACCUUGGCUCCCCUUCAGACCCAGCAUCCACACUGUACUCAGGCAGGGGCCAAGCAGCUCCCAGCCUGCUCCGAGCAUGGGGCACGAGGACACCGGUGGGUUCCGAAGUGUGCAGCAUCACAGCCCAAGUGCUUUCAGGAUCAGACCCUGCAGCAGCUGAUGCUUUGUCAGAUCAUCUAAGAAAUGCAAGUAGGAUGUUCCUGUGACCCCCUCACAUUUCACAAACUAAGGUUGCUUCUUAAAGGCAAGUCGAUGCAAAAUAACUGCUUAUAAAACAACACAUAAUCACUGAUAAUUCAGGCAAUGUGCAAAUCAGACACCAAAUGUGUUCUCAGUGCUUGUCACCUCCUAAUGUUUCCAUUAGGGAAUCAGUUGUAGUCCCUGGAAGUAAAAUCCAUCUGGCCGUGGGCAAUAAUUCAUCUCAUUUCAUGGUAAAAUCCUCAGGAGCAAAAACCACGAGAGCCGAAAAAUAUUUGGGGGCUUUUUGUUGUGUAUGCAGAUACUGUUUAUUUACCAAAAAAAAAAAGAAAAAGCUGUCCCUUUACUUACACGGACACACAAACCUUCAGCUUACUGGGAGGUACCUUUCUGCACACUCUUUGCAGAAGUAACAGGUGCAAAUUUCAAGCCAAUUCAAAAGGACUCAAAUGAGAAAAGAAUACGUCUGCUCAAAGGUAUUCCUGUUUAAUUCUUGUUUGUUUUUGCAGGCACACAGCUUGAUAGGUCUCUUUAACUGAGCUGCUGUUAUUAUUUGUUAUGAUGAACAUCAGAGGACCUUUGCUUCUGUUAAUUCCCCUGGGUUUGGUGUUUGCUGACUGCUGUGUUUCACUGUGUGAACUGGGGAAGGAAUGCCCCAUCCAUGCUGGUUUCCAGGUGGCAUCACUUACCCCUUUGCAUUCAUUGCAGACAUAAAUUCCUGUAAUUGGUUGAUUAGAAAGCACCAAUAUUUGUUCUCCUUGAGAUGAUGCUUCCCAGCAAAACAACACACUGAAACAAGUUUGAAGAUUGAAGUCUGUUUAAACAAUUGACAUUUUAAAAACGACUUAAUUCUGGGUUGACAUCCAGCACACCCAGUAAUUGUGAGUGCUUUUAUCACCCAGCUGAUUUUCAGUGUCAGCUCAGGAUUUUCCCAGGAUAAGAUCUCUGAGCACAGAGGACUAAAAGCCAUACUCAGCUCACUCUACCGGUAUGUUAUAUACAGCUUGACACCAAACGGAGCAGACAUGUUUGGCUCUCUUCAUACAUGGUUGGAAAUGGAUCGUUGCCGUGAAGCUCUUACAAAGACUCUUGAAAUAAACAGGAGAAAACAUUGCCUGGA